AUGUUACCUCGCACAUCAACCCCAACGAAUGGGUGCUGGGACAAGCUUUCCUUCAGCAUCUGGCAAAGGUUUACCGCUAUAAAGCAGACCGAGAAAACCUUCUUGCAAAAAAUGAAUCUUUGGGGACACCUGUACGAAUGCGUCCAAAAGAUUCCGCGUCUGCCAAAGUUCGAGCUAUUUCUGAUGGGCAGCACCAUUUCUGGGUUCGGCAUGGAGGGCUCGGACAUCGAUAUGUGUGUGGUGGCAAAGGAUGGUCCGUUGUAUUGCGAUUUGCGUACGGAAGCACUGGAGAAUCUCCUACAUGUGAAACAAUUUCUUGAUAGAAUGCCUUCGACAAAUCUGGAGCAAAUUUCACUAAUCUGCGCAAUGGUUCCUAUUCUGCGGCUCAAGCACAAACCGGAUGAUUUCGACAUUGAAAUCAGCUUUAACAACUAUGUGGGAAUAAGGAACACUCAACUAUUGCACUGCUACGCUCAACUGGACUGGCGUGUUCGACCCUUGGUGAUAAUUGUGAAACUUUGGGCUAAGCACAAUAAUUUAAAUGAUCCGAAGAACUGCACCUUAUCGAGCUACUCACUUGCGCUGAUGGUUAUUAAUUUUCUCCAGUGUGGUGUCAGUCCUCCAGUUUUGCCAUGCUUGCAUGAGCUAUAUCCUGAAAAAUUUUCGGGACCUGUCAAUACUGACCGCCUUAAAUUAUUCGAGCGUGUUGAGGCCUUUUCAACUUAUAAUGAUGAUACUCUGAGCUCCUUGUUCACUAACUUCCUAAAAUACUACACCAAAUUCGAUUACAAAAACUAUGCCUUAUCUGUUCGCACUGGCACAAUCAUACCCGCGAAAGAAUGUGCCUGGAAAUCAAAAACAUCUAUUCGUGAUGAAGCUCAUUGUUAUUUGAGCAUAGAAGAACCAUUCAAUCGCACCAACACCGCAAAGUCCGUACACAACGGCUAUGUUUUUGAGCAGAUUAAAUUUGCCUUAGCUGCAUCCUGGAGAACACUGGAAGACACUCAAGAUUUGAACGAUAUAUUCGCGGAACCAUUAUUCUCAACACCAACUCUUUCACCUCUCACUAAUAGUAGCUCUUUUUAA